GACUCUUUUCUGUCGUCCUUUUGUAUGUUUUAUUGUAUUCUUUUCCUUCACAUCAUCACUACGUAUUACCCACACUCUUACCAAUGAAAACAGAAAAAAUACACUCUUAAUAACACAGUCUCGUCUUCGAACGUCGUAAAGGCCAAACAAGAGAAACACAGUGGCUAAAUCCACCCACAUUAUCAGCGUUAUCAUAUCCUUAUCCUCUUUGUCUUGAACAAAAACAUAAACAACGAGCAGAACCAAAAAUGGCGGCCCAAUUUUUUUUCAUUGCCAUUCUUUUUUUAAUCCUAAUACAGGUGACUAAACCAGAUCUUGUCAACGACAGAGCAGCGCUGUUAGCCCUUCGUUCCUCGGUCGGAGGUCGAACCCUGUUGUGGAACAUCUCCAAUCAGAGUCCAUGCUCCUGGGCUGGGGUCAGGUGCGAGCAGAACCGCGUUACAGGGCUUAGGCUACCUGGUGUUGCACUCUCUGGCGAAAUCCCACCUGGCAUUUUCGGGAACUUGACCCAGCUGCGCACCCUCAGUCUCCGUCUCAACUCGUUAACCGGGCAGCUUCCUUCGGAUCUUGCUCUUUGUGAAAAUCUCCGAAACCUUUACUUGCAAGGGAACCGUUUUUCGGGUGAGAUCCCGGAGUUCCUGUUUGGUCUUCAUGAUUUAGUGAGGCUAAAUCUUGGCGUUAAUAAUUUUUCUGGGGAAAUCUCUGCUGUUUUCAACAAUUUGACGAGGUUAAGAACUUUGCUUCUGGAUAGCAACAGCCUUUCUGGGUCAGUACCUGAUUUGAGUUCUUUGCAAAAUCUCAAUCAGUUUAAUGUGUCAAAUAAUUUGUUGAACGGGUCAAUACCAAAGGGGUUACAGAAAUAUGGGUCCGCCGCUUUUCUGGGGAAUUUGCUUUGUGGACAGCCACUUGACAAGGCUUGCCCUGCUACUGCUGUUGCCGGUAAUGCAACUGAGUCUGCGAAUCCCACGGACGAGAAUAAACAAGAGAAAAAGAAGAACAGAAAGUUGUCUGGAGGUGCAAUUGCAGGUAUUGUGAUUGGAUCUGUGCUGGGAUUUCUAUUGAUUAUUAUAAUUUUAAUGAUUUUAUGUAGAGAUAACAGCAGCAAGAAAACGAGGGCAAUUGACAUUGCUUCGAUUAAAAAUCAAGAAUUGGAGAUUCCUAGGAAGAAAUCAGGUGGGGAAAUGGAGAGUGGUGGACAUGGAAAUGGGUAUUCGGUGGCGGAGGCAGCAGCAGCAGCAAUGGUGGGUGGUGGUGGUGGAGUGAAAGCAGGUGAAACCAAUGGGACUGGAGCUAAUAAGUUGGUUUUCUUUGGGAAUGCGGGGAGAGUGUUUGAUUUGGAGGAUUUGUUGAGAGCUUCCGCUGAGGUUUUAGGUAAAGGAACGUUUGGAACAGCAUAUAAAGCAGUGUUAGAUGGUGGAAAUGCAGUGGCUGUUAAGAGGCUCAAGGAUGUGACAAUUUCUGAGAGGGAGUUCAAAGAUAAAAUUGAAGGGGUUGGAGCUAUGGAUCAUCAAAAUUUGGUCCCUCUCAGAGCAUACUAUUUUAGUAGGGAAGAAAAGCUUCUUGUCUAUGAUUACAUGCACAUGGGAAGCUUGUCUGCACUUUUGCAUGGGAACAAAGCAGGAAGGACUCCACUGAACUGGGACAUUAGAUCUGGAAUUGCUGUUGGAGCUGCCCGUGGAAUCGAAUACCUGCACUCUCAAGGGCCUAAUGUCUGUCAUGGAAGCAUAAAAUCGUCAAAUAUCCUCCUCACUAAAUCCUACGAGGCUCGAGUUUCCGAUUAUGGCCUAGCACACCUUGUAGGGCCUUCCUCCACUCCCAAUCGAGUGGCUGGGUACCGGGCACCAGAAGUGACUGAACCCCGCAAAGUAUCACAAAAGGCUGAUGUUUAUAGCUUUGGUGUGUUGCUUUUGGAGCUCUUGACUGGGAAAGCCCCCACCCAUUCGAUCUUGAAUGAGGAAGGAAUUGACCUCCCAAGAUGGGUGCAGUCAGUUGUUGGGGAGGAAUGGACAUCUGAGGUUUUUGAUAUUGAGCUCCUUAGGUAUCAGAACGUGGAGGAACAGAUGGUUCAACUCUUGCAACUUGCAGUAGAUUGUGCUGCCCAAUACCCUGACAAGCGCCCCUCUAUGUCACAAGUGACAAGGCGUAUUGAGGAGCUACGUCGUUCUAGUUUGGGAGAAGAUCAGCCUGUUAAGGUCAAUGAUGCCGAUGAGUAAGCUCAGUCCGGCCACCAAUACCAUAUUCUCUGAUGGAUUUAUCCCUGCUUUAUCCAUAAUUAGUAUGUAAAGCUUUGUGGUCUAAAUUUUCCUUUGUUAGAUGCCAAUUGUCUAUUUCUUUUCUCCUUUUUCCAUUUCCCUCGGUUCCUCCCAAAAAAAAAAAAAAACCCAGCGGCCAUGGUACUAGUUUUUAUUUUCUUUUUAUUUUUUUAAUUUAUAUUUAGAGGUGGAUAUACGUUCCAUUUGUUCUUUAUCGGGUGGAUCUUAGUGGUUUGAAUUAUUACUUUUGCUUUUGAUGCAACUUUUGAUCUGUUUGACCAGGCUGUUGUUUCAGUUGCUUUGAAACGUUG